AUGACGACUAUGAACCUCGUACAAGCAUCUCAAGAUUUGAACGUACUCGUUGUAAUGGAGUCUAAACUCUUUCUUCCCUUUUCAUGUAUCCUCUUUCUUGCUUCAUUUAUGCUACCAGUUCUUUCGCAUGUUCAGGACACUCAUUUACGACCAAAUGGGUCAUCGGGUAAUAACACGAACCCGUCACCUUUUGGGUUUCUUAAAGCCAUGCAAGGGUGUCAUAAGGGUGAUACAGUGAAGGGGAUUCGUGACCUUAAACUGUAUCUUGCUCGUUUCGGAUACCUAAACUAUCAGAAAAACCCUAAUGUCACAGAUCUUGAAAAAAAUCAUUUUGACGAGGAGCUUGAGGUAGCCAUCAAGUCGUAUCAGGUCUACUACCAUCUGAAUGCCACGGGGACGCUUGACGGGCCAACGGUGUCACAGAUGGUCAUGCCUCGUUGCGGGUGCCCAGAUAAAGUAAUUCACAAGCACACCGAUCAUAACUCUUUACCCACAGUCUCCCUUUACAAAUUCUUUCCCGGAACACCAAAAUGGAACCGUGGUCAUCUAACUUACGCUUUUGGACCACGUUUCCCAACCCAAUUCAUGUCAGCUGUUGAUUGUGCUUUUGGAAAAUGGGCUACUGCUUCUUCUGGAUACUUCACGUUUUCAAGAGCAGGAAGUUAUCAAGGUGCUGACCUAAAGAUUAGUUUUCAACGUGGAGACCAUGGAGAUGGGAGUCCCUUUACUAGUCAAGUGUUGGCCCAUGCUUUUGCACCUUCGGAUGGAAGAUUCCAUUAUAAUGCGGAUGAAAAUUGGGCUAUUGGAGCAGUGCAAGGUGCUUUCGAUGUGGAGAGUUUGGCUUUACACGAAAUAGGGCACCUUCUUGGGCUUGGUCAUAGCGAGUUUCAAACCUCGAUAAUGUGGACUAGUUUCGGCCCAGGGGCCACGAAAGGUUUGACCUCGGACGACAUUCAAGGGCUCCGUACUCUAUAUGGUAUUUAG